AACCGAGAUGCCAGCCCAGGGCAAGGCGUUUGUCGGCCGCUGGAGUGGAGAUCCACCCGGAAACGAGCCCCGUGGUGGCCGACACGUGUCUUUCCCGGUUCGUGGGCGGAGGCUGCGCGUCCACGGAAGCGGUAGGCGGUCAAUAUGGGAUUCAUCUUUUCAAAGUCGAUGAAUGAAAACCUGAAGAGUCAACAGGAGUUCAUGUUGAUGAACUCUCGACUUCAGCUGGAACGGCAGCUCUUGAUGCAGAACCAAAUGAGAGAGAGGCAGAUGGCAAUGCAGAUUGCUUGGACACGGGAAUUUCUCAAGUAUUUUGGAGCAUUCUCUGGACUUGCUGCUGUGGGUCUAACAGUUGGGGCAAUAAAAAGAAAGAAGCCUGCAAUGUUUCUUCCAAUGGUCCCUUUAGGUUUUGUCUUUGCCUAUCAAUAUGAUAUGGGUUAUGGAUCACUCCUGAAAAGAAUGAAGUGUGAAGCAGAGAACAUACUUGACACGGAGAGCACUACACUAGAAAUGCCAAAAGGACCCCUUUCGUUUGAAAGCAUCGAAAAAGCCAGAAGAGCCCAGAACAAGUUUUUCAUUGAAAAGUAGUUUGGCUGCAAACUAAUAUGUGAAAGAAUAAAAAGAUGUAUUUGUAAUUAUGUUGCUGAUUUGAACUAUCUCAUCCAGUAAUAUGUGCAUAGUACUUUUUCAUCAUGACUCGAAUGUAAUCAAAUCACCUGCUUGGCAGAAACAAGAAGCUAGGAGAAGAAAUCCAAGUCCUUUUUUAUCUUCCAAAAGCUGAUUUGCACAAUUUUUGAUCUUCUUAGAAAAGGGGUUCCAUGUGCCAUCCCUUAUCAUGAGAUCACAGAAGAUAACUACACACUGGGUGGAUUGAACAAACCUCUGUUGAAUAAUAUUAUCUAAAUGCAAUGUGUAUUGUGAAAUAAAACCGAUUUAAUACAAUAUAA